AUGGCGGCGCCCAGCAAAGUCGACGACCGCGGCGCGGACGGUAUAGAAUUGACGAAAGAAUUGCGUGAUCCUUACGUCGUUUUCUAUGACGAAGAUGUGCUCACGCCUGUCCCGGACGCCCAGCCUCUUUCCAGUCUUGAGGAGUUUGCUGCCAAAUACCUGCGCGAUAAAAAGGCGAUGGUCGAAGCGGAGACGGCGCCGGAAGUUCAGGAGGUUCAGCCGGAGGAGCCCAAAGAACCCAGCGGCCACCUUCGUCGUGGUCCGCGUACCAUGGCCAGCGUGGUGGAGCGCAGCAUGAUGGGAGGCAUGCACACCAAGGGGCCCCUGAGCAUCCUCUACCGAGCAGUGCGCGACCGACUACGCGUCAAGGUUUGGACGCGCAGCCACACGCGUGUGCGCAGCAUCCUGACGGGCUUCGUGCACGCCUACGACCGGCACGUCAACCUCGCUCUGGCCGAUGUCGACGAGGUGCUACUGCUGCCGCCGGCGCCAUCUCUACCGACGGGGACAGCGGAAGCGCAGGCAACGACGACAGCGACGCCCACUGCGCCUGCACCGCCGCUGCCGACCAAGCUGGCGCAGCAAGAGGAGGAGGCCAAUCCGAGCGCCCCCGCUGCCGAACCUACCGUGCUGCCGCUUCCCGCGUGGGCGACCACGUCGGGCAGCACAGACACGGUUCCCGAGGUGGAAGAAUCUUCUUCUGGCUGCCCUACUACGACCGCGACGACCAGCGGCGACACUUCGUCGUCCGAGGUGAGGCCGAGGAGGGGAAGUCCGCGCCGCAGGGCCGCCUGCAUCCCGUUGGAGUCGAUUGAUGUGCAGCCGGAGUCCGACCAAGAGGAGCCGGCUGAAGCACCGAGCGACCCGAGACCCUCCGCGGCAGAGUCGACGCCCGUGGCUCAGAAGAAGCGGCCAGCGAGGACAGGCCGGGCCCGACGUCGCGCCGCCGCCCCGACCCUGGCUCCGCGGUCGAGACACGUCAACCAGCUGUUCGUGCGCGGCGAGAACGUCGUCUCCGUCGCCCUGAUGCCCGUCUGACUGUGCGGACUCUUUGCCACCGAGGGCUUUUACCCCAAAGAUAGCACACCGUACUAGUCCUUCGUAUAGGCCAGGUGUCAGUUACGGUCAGGCCUUGGGCCAACGCGUCAGGUUCCUCGACGUCAGCAAUGACCGGGAGUUCUCAACGCUGGUUAGCCAGUCGCUACCACCCGACCGACCUGCGGAGUUGGCCAGCAUUCUUGGCGACGAAACAACGUGCGUCGUUUCCUGCGUCUGACGUUCCAGUUGAAUACGAAGAGGGGCCCAGAAGCGUAUUCAGUUGGGCCGGCAUUGCGGAACGUGAAGGAAAAAAAAAAAAUACCAGGACCAAGUCGUGAAUAGACAAGCACAGAGUUGACUAACACGUUAUCUUUAUUGCGUAUUGACGACUUUAUUCGAGAGCACGAUCAAUAUACAUGGAGGAGAAAAGAAAACCGUCAAACAAUUAUGAAUGCUAUGGAUCGUGACACCGCACCAUUGCGGUGAUAUCGUUUUUGCCUGCUUGUUUCCAUGCAUUGAUCUUGCGGUAGGGCGUAUCAGUGCUGGGUGUACUCAUUCUCGACUUCGUCGAGGUAUUUUGCGCUGUCUGCUUCACGUUCCACGAAGAAACGCGAGCGCUGUCGUUAUGCAUACGGACGCGACGAAAGAAAGCGCCCUUUGCUCGGUCUCGACCACAGCAAGGCAACAGCAACGUUCACGGGAGGCGCUGGGUGUACGUCACCAUCACUGCCGGCAACAAACGACCAUCCGGUUUCUCCGUGUGACACCGGUGCCCGAAUUCCGACACCCUCGGUCGACCGCAUCGCGCUCUCACACUUGGGGAAACGCUCCCCGAAGAAGAGUAGCCGCGGUGGCCCGCAGUGCGUCUGUGCUUCGGUCAGCACCAUUCGCCCUUCUGGUGGCCCGCCGUGAGACGCGAACGACGCCGGCGAAACAGGAGGCCAUCCCGCCCUUCGAAUUCCGCAGGCCACUGGGGAGGCACCUGUACUAAUAACCUCGGACUUCAUUCUAUAGCCUUGGUGACGGCCUAAUAACGCCAUGGCAAAUACACCGCUGUAGCCCACCUCAAGAGGACUUGCAUAGAUGCACCAGCCAAUCACGUUCACUUAUUUAUUUGACGUCGUGGUGGAGACGAACUUUCUUUGAAUAUCGGCGUCUUCUGGGAACAACGUUUUGGAGUGCCGAGCCUUAAAGGCCAUCCGCAGUGCGGGCUGUGCGGUUUUGUGUUUAAUAGCUUGUGCUGAUCUCUCAGGUUGUCACUGCAUACAGACAUAUUCGUAUGGAACUCUGUGCAUCGCCCUUCGAACUUGGGAGUCGACUUGCAAACACUGCAUUGGUGAUAUAUAGUAAUGAUUACGCUGUGACGGUGUAGCGCACGUGACAGCUUGCUGGUGGAGAAGCGUGCCUGCAAGAAGGACUUCACUCACGCGCACUAUGUGGGCCAUCCGCUGUCCGGCUAUGCCCGAUGGCUGUAGAAAUUUCAGUUAAAGAGUUCCCAAAGCACGGAACUAUAGUCUCUUCAAAACUAACUGCAAAAGCUUAGAGUCAUGAAACACUCAAAGUUAUGUCACAUUGACGUGUCUAACAUGCACGGCCUUUAUAGGUUUCAAGCCUUCUAAAGAAGACAACUCGAGUGCCAGUAUGGAAGCACGAUAACUAAAGGCGUGGUUUAUUGUCACGCCCCUGUCGUUGCGUGCGCCCAUGAUAAAGCUUGCUUCUGCAAAAUAUUCCACGCAAAAAUGCAGAGCGUCGUCUGUACUGAUGUAGAAUACUAUGUCAAACUUGAAAACUGCAUGCGACGUCGUAGGUUUAGUCGCGAUCGAGUCCUCAUUCGAAGUUUCUUCAAGAGGCUGACCGCUGUAGUAUAACGCGGCUCAGGGCGCAAUUACGGUGUCAAGAACAUACGCACGCGUUUUUCACAGAAGGCAUGCAUAGCCAGCUCGCAACACGGCACCAGUGUCAAUAAUCAAUAAACGCAGACGAAAU